AUGUCGGCCGUGAACGAUCGCCUUUUGCCUAUCCUCUUACCCGUCGUCUGUCGGUUCUUGACCCCUGCAGGAAGUCUUCCACCUCCAAACCAAGAUGUAAAACGUACUCUCUCGAAAGUCUGCAAGAAAUGGCGCCGAAUUGUCACCUCCAACGCGUCGUUGUGGGCUGACAUACGAUUAGCGCCCGGGCGCUUCCAGCAUCCGGAGCAUCUUCUCAGCCUCUUCCAGCAGAGCGUUGAGCUAAGCCAGGGUCGGCCGCUCUCAUUGCACAUGUUCCAUAACCUUCACUGCUCUUUUUCUCCAAACACCACCGUCAAAGACCUGUUGUACGGCGGCGGUGAGUUCAACGUCCUGCAAGCGAUCACCCUGCCCGAGGCUAUCAGCACCCGACUCGUCUCCCUCACUUCCCUGUUAUGCGGAGACGAUAUUUUGGAAUUCCUCCGACUUCCAUCAUCCACUUUCCCUGUUCUCCAACGCGUCGAGAUCUCCUUCAUCCACACCCUUGCCGUCCGCCAGUCGCCGUUCACUUGGGACCCUAUCAGCUGCCUUGACUUCAGUGUCUUCGAAGAUCACACGACGCUGACCGAGGCCACUUUUCACAUCUUCAACUGCAUUCAUCCGCUAGACCUCAAGCUCCCAUGGGGUCGACUUACGAAGUUGAACCUGGCAAGCGCGCCGAUGCCGCCAUGGAUCUUCCUCACCAUUAUGAACAGAGCAUCUCCUUCCCUCAUCGACGGCGCGUUCAACGUCAAAUUCGUCCAGGCUCGCCAUCGGGCUCUUCUCCCAAAGCUAAUAGAAACCAUGGUGCCGGUCCUGAAGAGGCUGAGGCUCGUCCUUGUCGACCCGGUCAUCUCCCCCAAGUUUUUCGGACUUUUGAUGGCACCAGCUCUAGAGAAGCUGAAGUUGGAGGUCUUCGACUCGAAGACGAUUGGGUGGGAGCUGGGGUUGUUCACGCCGCUACUCAAGCCUACCUCGGCCUCUUUGCGUCACCUCGAGUUUAAGAACUUCUGUUUGAUGCGAGGACCGGAUGCUCCGAUACCGAAGGCGAGGAGGACGUCGUACUCGGAGUUGGAGGCGAUCUUGGACGCUGUUCCUAGGCUGGAGGUGUUGAGGCUGGCGCCAGAUGUGGACGUGCAUCUGCCUACUUUGGAGAAGGUAGCGAGCGGACGUUUGGUGCCGAGGUUGGAGGUUCUUGAGCUAUUCACCGCGGCGCCGGACGUUGUGCUGUGGAUGGUACGACAGAGGGCCUUGGAGGUUGGGACGUCGCAGCGCCCGGGUAGUGGUUCACGAAGACUCUCCCAAGUCGAUUUAUGGGUGCGAAUAGAGGAGGUACCGGAGGUUGUGGAGAACGUCAGAGUCGCUGGUCUCUCUGAAUUGGUCUUGGUCCGUGGCCUCGCCUGA